GUCGCUUUUUGCAUUACCACAGCCACCACGCCCGCAAUGUUUAGCGUCCUGAUAAUUCGCUUCUUCUCUAGAGAGUCAGAGCUCAACACGUUCGCUCGAAGUAAUUUCGCAAGAAUCCUGAUCACUGUUCUCUUCUUGCACGUACAUCUAGUUAGAACAGCAGUAGAGCAGAAUGCCGCCUACACGUGGGACCCGACCAAGCUGCUCUGGCGCGGCCAGCGGGUGGGGUUCGUCCUGGAUCAGUUGCAGUUCUCGGCCGUUCUUCCCGAGGGGUUCUCCAAAACGGGCGACGCGCGGGGGACGUUUUUCGAGGGUCUGGAGCUGCCGGACGAAUUUACGCAAUUCCAGCCGACUUUUGAACAAAUGCUGGAGCACUUUGUGGAGAAGAAGUUCGUGCAGAGAGUGGACUUGGCGGAAGAUUUUGCAGAAAAGGAACUGUUUGCAGCAGCAGGAAAAGAGGAAUCAUUGCAGCCCUCCACUAGACCACCGCGGCAUCCCACAAUUGCUAGUGCCGGAACGACGUCGACAACUACUUCUGCUGCAAGAAGAGCCGCCCUCCGUCGCUUAGUGCAGGAGGUUUUCACGAGCAGGCAAUCCCCUGGCUUCAUCCGGUUCCACAUACAGCAGUCAAAUGAGGGAGACGAAAAGGCGAUGAAGAUGCCCGACGGGAACAACCAGAUGGUUCACUCCGACAACUACCUAUUCGGCGGCGUGUACUACAUCGCGUCGGACAGACAAGCCUUCAUGACCACGGUGUACAGCUCUCCACGGGACAAGGUCGGGCAGCUGGGCCACGAGUACGCGAUCUACGCGCAGGACGGGACGGCGUAUCACAGCUCGAAACCGCACUGCGCAGCGGAGGGGCCGUUGGUGGCUAGCGACAGAAGUGAUAAGGAGUUCGUGGCGGAGCAGGUGCGGGAACUACUUCCGAACGAUUACAAGCGAUCUGUCGCGCGGCGAAGUGUCCGGACCUUUUUCCGCGUGUGGUUCUGGCAUCCGACCUUGGUGCGGGACUCGCUGCUCGCACCGUAUUUUCGCAGGUUAGAAGAACAAACGUCGAAAGAGCAAGACGUUGAGAGGAAGAAGCUGGAGUCGUUUGCGGCAAUCUGCUCUGAGUGGGGUUAUCAGACAAAGACAAGUAGCAGCGGCGGUACUACUGCGGCGCUGGAGAUAUUUUCCACGACCGAACUUUCGACGGUCUUGGAAGAAGGUGCAGCCGCCUCUUCGGCCGGUGCGACGGGUGCAAGUGCUGUGGCCGCGUUAUCAACACAAACCGACACCCUUACCCCUGUGCAGCCUGCUGAGGCAGUCUCUAGCUGUGCCACCGAGCCAAUCGCCGAUCGCCCCUCCAACGGUUGUCCCACCGCGUACGCGCGUGACAAUCUGCUGUCCGGGAGGCAGUACGAAUCAGCGGAAGAGUGCAAAGCGCUCGGUGCGCAUUUGGCGGUCGACAUCACGUUCUCGAAAUCACUAUCGGACUUUCGACACGAGGUCAAAUCACGAAUGGAGAAAACGCAGGAAGAGCAGAAGAGAGAUUCUCUUUUCAUCUCCAAUUUUUUCUACACCGCCAACGACCUCCCACUCGCACUAUUAAACACGAUUCGCGGCAGCUGCUUUCUCCGCGGUGGUAGUGCGCAGGCGGUCGUCUCCGAUGCGUUUCCGCUGGGUUCCGGUUUACUCGCGAAAAAGGUUGAGGACGUUUUUUCCUUCCCCCACGCCAACGUCCACACGAACUUUCUUCAGUAUAAAAAUCCGACGAACAGUGUCACCGGCUUCCUCGACGCGAUUGAGCAGCAGGCGUAUGAGGUGACAAAGAAACAUAACACGGACCUGGUCACGAUGAAAGCACUGACUACCGCCCUCCAGGAGGUCGGUGUUCCAGCGAAUCUUGAUGGUGAUUUGCUGCAUUCAUAUGAUGCAGUUCGAGCGUUUUUUUCCGAUGAAGUUUCUCCUACCACUCUGAAAUUUCAUCGACUGGAAAAUCAAGAAUCAGAUUCUAAUACCGACGAAGAACAAGAAAAACCAACCCACCACGAAGACGCCGAGGACUCGCUGCAAGUCCUGAAGUCCUUCGUCUCACCUCUGACGGACAUGAACUUCGUCACAGAAGAGGAGUGCGCAGUGAAAUGCCAGGAAUUCAACUUCAACCAGCUCCUAGAGUGGACGUUUCAGUUCGGGAACGGCGACCCGAAUAUGCUGAGGGCCUUAUUGGAGCAGAAAUUCUCCGCGAAAAAGAGCACGCUCAACCCGCGUUUCUGUUUCGCCUACACGUUCAUCGAUUUGAACCACGGCGGCGACCCAGCCUCCUUUUACACGCCAGAAGUAUCGGGUAUCCGGUUGGAGCAAAGAUGCUUGCAGAAGACGCCGCGGUGGAACAGGUCGUUGCCAAAAGUGGAGGACAGUGGGAGGAAAAAGAUCGAGUCGAAAACGGUAUAGGCGUUCUGUUUUCGAUUUUUUUUUUAUGUAAUUUGACAAAAGCUUUCGACGCUUUUCGCGCAUGUGAGGAACACUUGGACUUCGACUUGCACAUGCCCUGCGUUGCGAAUUCUGCAAAAAAAAUUCUAAGGUUACAGUCAGCACUCUUCCGCACAGUUUGACGGACAACGCAGCGAAUAUCCUCCAAGUUUCCGAGCCCCAGCUUCUGAGCAAGAGCAUCGAAUUCCAUGACUGCCCGGAACCUAUGAAAACGUGGCGUUUGCAGUUCCGAGAGCCAACAAUAAUCAAGUCUCUGCGCAUUACUCCCUGGAAAUACUCGCGGGCCGUGCAGCAAAAGCUGUCGUCGGUGAUGGAAAAGUCACAGAGACUUCGAGUCUUGUUCGACGGGAGGGAUUUCGACACUCUCGCGGCAGCCGCAUGUACCAGCCAACCGCCAGCGAAGGAGAGUCUUGUGGCGUUCGAAAUGCAAACGCGGCUCGAGGACGUGCUGGUAAAUUGCGAGGAGGGCGUGGCGGUGCAGCAGAUCGAGCUGCAGUCCGCAGCUGAUUAUCCGCUGUGGCUCUGCGCCGUGGAUGUGCACUAGCGAUUAGCGCGCGCGGUGCUUCGAGGCGGACGGGGAGGCAGACGGAGUUUAGCAUGCAGUUCAAAAUAAAUCUAGUGACUUGAUAUUUCCUGUCGGAAGAUGACACGAAAGCGCGAACGCACACGACAAUGCUGUAAGCACCGAUGUUGCGCGCUGCAGCAUUGAUCUUCUUUUGAGUUGAAAGAACGAACAAAGUACUAUACAUAAUCCAACACAGGAGCGAAU